CUCAGAAUUCAUCAAAUUGCUCUUUUUCCUUUUCAGUCGAAUUGAGGGCGGCAUAACUUUCCGAUUAAUUUCUUUAAGGUUAUCCCAAUUUGCAAUUAUGAAAGGGUGGUAUUGAAUUCUGGGAAUUAUGGUGUACAUAGUUGCUGAGGCCACUUGUCUUGAACUCUUUAUCAUACACGAGCCUCCUUGAACUGAGAAUCGAGAGUUCCGGGGCAUGUUGGUUUUGAUCAUUUGUAAGAAUCCAUUGCUGACUGGAAAGUUUUGUGCUUUACUUUCCUGUUGGUGGUAGGUCUCCCUCUUGUUGAAGUUGGUUUAGAAUCACAAUGUCCCGAGCACGGAAUGUGUCCCGAGCACGGAAUGUCAUGGUUGCUUCUGGGUUACUAGCUUUUGGGUCUAUUUAGGUUAUCCCAAUUUGCAAUUAUGAAAGGGUGGUAUUGAAUUCUGGGAAUUAUGGUGUACAUAGUUGCUGAGGCCACUUGUCUUGAACUCUUUAUCAUACACGAGCCUCCUUGAACUGAGAAUCGAGAGUUCCGGGGCAUGUUGGUUUUGAUCAUUUGUAAGAAUCCAUUGCUGACUGGAAAGUUUUGUGCUUUACUUUCCUGUUGGUGGUAGGUAAGUGUGGAAAUUGCUCUUGAGAUCGAACUUGGCAAUUCUAGAUCUCUUUUCGACCCUCAUUUUCUGGUGGUUCGAGCUAUAAUCUAUAAUUCAAGAAUAUUGUUUUCGUUUAUUUACUAUAUAGAAUGUAUGAAUUAACAUGUAGAAUUUCGUAUUGGUAUUGGAAAUGUCAAUAAGUUGUUUAACAUGUUGUAGGUCUCCCUCUUGUUGAAGUUGGUUUAGAAUCACAAUGUCCCGAGCACGGAAUGUGUCCCGAGCACGGAAUGUCAUGGUUGCUUCUGGGUUACUAGCUUUUGCCUCUGCAGGCUUAGCGUUCCCAUUUUAUAUGGCGACAUCUAGGAAACCUGUGGAUUCAUCUAAGCCACUUCCUCCGCAGGCCACUUUUCGAGGGCCUUACAUAAACACCGGUUCACGUGACGUCGGGCCUGAUCACCAAACUCACCCGAAGAAAUGAUCCUUUUGUGUUGAAUCAACUCCUGUUAGCUGUAAGUUAACGCAUGCUCCUUUGUGUGCUACGUGAAUUGGCAAUGUGUAUGAAAUUAUACUAUUGGGUGCAUAUGUGGAGGCUGACGUAGGAAUUUACGUUGCUUCCUGCAGCGGGAUGAGUGUGAGCAUGAAAAAUUUUAUAUUGUACAAAAUCAGAUAUGAGAAAAAAUGUUGUGCUUUCUCGGUGGAAAUCGAGGGCAUAACAUGAAAAGGAAAAGAGCUGAGGGUAAUACUUCGUUUUGCUUUUAUACUUGUCAAUUUCUACUUUGUUUGUGUUCGAUAUGUUAUGGCCGCGACUUGUUCAUGAUAGUAUGUUCUCAUCUAGUUGAUUUGGCUAUAAAAACUUUCUUCUAAGUUUCUUUAUUAAGCCUAAGAUUUGAUAAUUUAUUGCCUUCUGGUUGGUUGCCUGUACUUCUUGCAUCUUUAUACAGGGUGGGAGUGGCCAUGGCCCCAAUU